GCAAACUCGCGUCGAAAAGGCGGAGGGGACGACUAGUUUCGCCAUCUGGCUACGAGAACCAAAUCAAAAUUAAAAACGAACCGCUGCUGUCGAACUGACCUGCAUCUAGAAUGCUAGCGAACUGAAAGUGUUUUGUGCGUUCAGGUAAAUACAGCGUAGAAGAGCGUCGGGCGUGGCAACGUUACUCAUCAACAUCAUCGAGUCGCCGGUGAUAAAUUGACAGUUAAACAAUGUUAGCGUGAUUCUGUGAUCGUUGUUGUUACGAUGAGUGCCAAUAACGUGAACGCGUCGCCGGCAGCGGCAACGCAGCAGGCAACGGCCACAAUUAAAUCGCGUCCGAACAUAAUGCCGAGCAGUUACAUGUACACGUCGUCGAGUGCGCUUUUGAACCGCGGCGGCGGCGGAAACUCGGAAAACAAGCCCACGCCGCCGCCCACGCUCCCCAAAUACACGUCGAGCUUUAACGCGGGAAACGGCGGUUUGAAUCGCGACCGCGACAAGGAGAGCAUCGGCGGAUCGUACAGGCUGAGCAGCCUGGACAGGUUGGCCAUGCGGCAGAAGUUCAUGGACCAAUCGCCCGCCUCCACCCCGACCAACGGCCAAUCGGCGACCCCCGCGAACGGGGACGCAGCCCCCGCGAUCCAGACGAAGCGCGAGAUGUUCUUCACCGCGACGGAGGCCAACAACAAGGACUCCAAUCGCGUCAACAAAGAAAAAACUGCCGAAAACGCGACGAAAUCGCCUGAGAAGGAAUCGUCGGAAAACAGCAAAGAAACAACCCCGGAGAUAAUUAAAGAGCGUCCGAAACCAAAGGAGCUUGACGGCUACGUGGGUUUCGCGAAUUUACCCAAUCAGGUGUACAGAAAAGCCGUGAAAAAAGGCUUCGAGUUCACCCUAAUGGUGGUGGGCGAGUCCGGGCUGGGAAAAUCGACGCUGAUAAACUCGAUGUUUCUGACCGACAUCUACAACUCCACCGAUUACCCGGGCCCCACGCAAAGACUCAAGAAGACCGUCGCGGUGGAGACGACGCGCGUUGUUUUGAAGGAGAACGGCGUUAAUUUGACCUUGACCAUGGUGGACACCCCUGGAUUCGGCGAUGCCGUCGACAACUCGAACUGCUGGGCGCCGGUGAUCGAGUACAUAGAAAGCAAGUACGAGGACUACUUGAACUCUGAGGCGCGAGUUACGCGGAAGCUGCUGGCCGAUCAGCGAGUUCACUGCUGCUUGUACUUCAUACAGCCGAGCGGGCACGGCCUGAAAUCCCUGGACAUCGAGUUUAUGAAGAGGCUGUGCGACAAAGUCAACAUCAUCCCUAUUGUGGCGAAAGCCGACACGCUAACGUCCGAGGAAUGCGCUCUAUUCAAAAAACAAAUCCUGAACGAAAUCGCUCAAAACAAAAUCAAGAUCUACGAGUUCCCCGAUACGACCGAAGAAGACGAAGAGCACAAGCUGAACAAGUCGUUGAAAGAUCGCGUGCCUUUCGCCGUGGUGGGCUCCAACGCCGUCAUAGAGGUGGACGGUAAAAAAAUCAGGGGGCGCAAGUACCCCUGGGGCAUCGCCGAGGUGGAAAACUUGGAGCACUGCGAUUUCAUCGCGCUCCGCAACAUGGUCAUACGCACGCAUCUGCAGGACUUGAAGGACGUCACAAACAACGUGCACUACGAGAACUACAGGUGCAGGAAGUUGGCCGGGCUGGGUAGCGACGGUAAACCGUCUAGGAUUUCCAACAAGAACCCGCUGGCGCAGAUGGACGAGGAAAAACGCGAGCACGACGUGAAAAUGAAGAAAAUGGAGGCCGAAAUGGAGCAAGUUUUCGAGAUGAAAGUGCGCGAAAAGAAGCAAAAACUCAAAGACAGCGAGGCGGAACUGACUCGAAGACACGAGGCCACAAAGAAGCAGCUCGAACAGCAAGCAAAGGAGCUGGAAGACAAACGAAGGCAGUUCGAGGCGGAAAAAGAACAGUGGGAGAGGGAAAACCAAGUUACUGUGGAGGAACUGAGGAGGAGAUCGUUGGAGGGCAGUCGGGAGACUGUCGAUGGCAAGAAGGAGAAGAAGAAAAAGGGGUUGUUCUAACAUUCGAUGGAGCACUUCUACAAGUGAAUUAUGUCGAGAAAAAAUAAGUUCUUUCCGACCAUUAAAUUUCCAGUUAUUGGGUUUUAAUGUUUCCAAAACUAGGCAACUUUUGUUUCGUUGACUUUAAACCCCAUUAACAAAAACUAAUGGUCGGAAAAUAGUGCUUAAAACGGCGUGACACCCUGUAUAAUUUAGUUACAAUACCGCAUGUCUAUCAUGUAGCAAGAAAAAAAAACUAGAAGAUCCCCAUACUGCCGAGGAGUAAGUAACUUUUACGUUCCACUUGUCAGUCUGAAUUUUUUACCAUGAUAACUAGCGAGCUGAUCAAUGUUAGACCUUAAAAAUUAAGACAGUAUAAACAAUCGCAAGGGAAAUAUGAAUACGUUGAAAUAGCUCCCGAAAAAUAUUUUCAGUGUCGUUUAAAGGACAUUUUGCUUGAAAGCAUUGUGCCAUUUUAUGUUUUAUUUAUAAUUUUAUAUUUAUAAAGAAUUUUUUGAGAAAUUUAUUGUUUUAAAUACGAUGCUAAAUUUCUUUGAGUGACUAUAAAAUAUAUAUUAAAAAAAAUGUAUUGACGAAUGUAUGUAAUACAAAAAUAAAUCAUCUCAAUAAUUUACAUGUGCCUUUUAUUUACC